GAAAAACCGGAGAGCAAUUUGUUCCUGAACGCCCUAAGUAGCCGCUCAGCUAGCGGAGAGCUCACUCCAAGCCAAGGUAUUCUAAUGGCGAUUCGCGCCUUUUCGAGAUCCAGAAUCCCGCGAGCUGCGACGGCUUUCCUCUUCCAGAAGUUGCCGUGUAAUUUGACGAAACAGACCCCGUCGUCUUUAGAAUCUCUAGUUCCAUCGUUAUACUUGAAUGCUACUACCAAUUCACUUUCCGGGUUCAGGCAAUACCACGACGGGAGACCUAGAGGCCCUCUCUGGAGAGGCAAGAAGCUGAUUGGGAAAGAGGCGCUCUUUGUGAUUAUAGGAUUAAAGCGGUUUAAGGACGACGAAGAAAAGAUCGACAAGUUCAUUAAAUCGCAUGUUAACAGGCUGCUGAAACUGGACAUGGUUGCUGUCGUAUGCGAGCUUGAGCGCCAGGAAGAAGUCUCUCUAGCGGUCAAGAUAUUUCAAGUAAUACAGAAGCAAGACUGGUACAAGCCUGAUCGGUUUAUCUACAAGGACCUGAUAAUUGCAUUAACGAAAGGCAAUAAGAUGGAUGAAGCAAUGCGGCUGUGGCAGUCUAUGAGGGACGAGGGUCUGUUUCCUGAUUCUCAAAUGUACACUGAGGUUAUCAGGGGUUUCUUGAGGGAUGGAUCCCCUGCUGAUGCAAUGAACAUCUACGAAGACAUGAAGCAAUCACCGGAUCCCCCGGAGGAGUUGCCCUUCAGAAUCUUAUUGAAGGGCCUUCUGCCACAUCCACUCUUGAGGAAUAGAGUGAAGCAAGAUUACGAAGAGCUCUUUCCUGAAAAGAAUGUUUAUGAUCCUCCACAAGAGAUAUUUGGCAUCCGCUAAGGUGACUAGAUACCCAGUUUUCCACAGCACGGAUAUCAGGAGGAUACUAGUUUGUUCCAGACAAAACAAGUCCUCCACUUUCUUCUGGCUUUCAGAGCAUGCGGCUACUGCUUUCUCUAUCGCAGUCCUAUAUGGAGAAGAAAUCCAUAAAUCCUUUCAAGGAUGUGGGUUGAUUGACUUGUCAAAACUUGAACUCCUACUGUAUUCGAACUGGAUGAUUAGGGGUUAUGGUGUAAGGCCGAUAUGAAGGUCAUCAUUCUACAUAAAUUUAUUGUGAACACUUUAUGAAAUGGGUCACCUUUCUUAGCUUUCGCUGUUAUAUACGUCAGUCGCUUGUUAAUCUUUCCUCCGAUGACCGGAUGCCUCCGUGGGGGAGGCCGGCCAGCAAGGAGGGCGCUACUGUGCUAGUGCUUUGAAAAUAUAUCAUUGGGUUGAUGAAAUUGGAG